AUGGUCAAGUCGACUCUUCUUCUCGGCGCUCUUGCCGCUUUCAGUUCCUAUGCUCAAGCUAAGGAGAUGAAGGUUAAUGAGGACAAGGCUCACAGACUCUAUGAUACUGGAGUGAUUCACAACAAGCUCAUGGCCAGCAAGCAGGCCGUGUGGGAGAAGCAAGAGGCCGCUGGUGCCUUCGCCAGCGAGCAGUACCCCAAGCUUGGUUAUACCAAGUGUGUCCGAGGUUUUGCCGAAGCCAUCAAGGGCGAUGCCAAGAACACUUUUGCCUGCCACAACGCUGACCUGUACUCCUUCCUGAGCCACGCUGACCUCGGCAGCACUGGAGGUCGAGGCUCCUCUUCUUGGGGAUGGACUUCCGAUGACGGUCGUGAGUUUGUCGCCAUCGGUCAAUACGAUGGCACUGCUUUCGCCGAGAUCACCAAGAAGGGUCAGCUAGUCUACCUCGGUCGUCUCCCUCAGUACUCCGUGCCCUCCCAAUGGCGCGAGAUUCGUGCCUACAAGAACUACGUCAUCAUUGGCUCUGAGGCCGUCGGUCAUGGUAUCCAGAUCUUCGACUUUACCAAGCUGUUGAAGAUCGAUCCUAAGAAGCCUGUCACCUUUGACGCCAAGAAGGACCUGACCAGCCACUUCAGCGCCCUUCUUCCUGUUGGUCGCGCUCACAACGUUGUCGUCAACGAGGAGCUCAAGUACGCCGUCGCUGUUGGCGCGAUGCCCCGAAACGACAAGAACUGUGCUUCUGGUCUGAACUUCUUUGAUCUGACUGAUCCUUCCAACCCCAAGUCUCUUGGAUGCGCCAAGGGUGAUGGAUAUGUACAUGAUGCGCAGUGCAUUGUCUACCGUGGACCUGACAAGCGAUACCAGGGCCGUGACAUCUGCUAUGGCUACAAUGAAGACACUCUCACCAUUUACGAUGUCACUGACAAGGCCAACGUCACCAACAUCAUCUCUCGUAUCUCCUACGAGGGUGCUUCUUAUACCCAUCAGGGUUGGGUUCUCGACACACAGAACCAAGAAUUUCUUGUCUUGGAUGACGAGCUUGACGAGCAAAACGGUGCCGGCCCAGGAUCUGACGGCUUCCCCGUUACCUUCAUCUGGGACAUCCGCGACCUCGAGAACCCCAAACAGACCGGUCUCUUCAAACAUCCCACCAAGUCCAUCGACCACAACCAGUAUGUCAAGGACAGUUACAUCUACCAGUCUCACUACGGCGCCGGUCUUCGUGUUCUCGACGGUCGAUCCAUUCCCUCCGACCCCACUGGAGCUGGAGUCUACGAGGCUGCUUGGUUCGACAUCUACCCUGAGGAUGACAACCUUUCCGGUGGUGGCAGUGUUGCGUUUGUUGGAACUUGGUCUUCGUAUGCUUUCUUCAAGUCGGGAUACAUCUUCAUCAACACCAUUGAGCGUGGUGCGUUUGUUGUCAAGUUGACUGAGAAGGCUUUCCAGAAGCCCAAGUGGUAA